AAUCAUCCUUUUAUAUUUCUUUCUCUCUGUUGUGUGUGUGAAAAUCAAAUUCAAUAAUAAAUCAUCUUGAAAAAAAAAUUAUCAACAACAACAUCAUCAUCAUGGAAAUUGAACAAUUCAAUAUGACACAUUUAGCCAUACAGGCAAAUGAAACAUUAAAAGAAUUAUUAGAAUUUGAAGAUACAUUAGAUUCAUUUGUUGGUAAUAUGACCGGUACGGCUGAAUCAUUAUAUACAGCAUUAGAAUUUUCAAAAAUAUUUCAUUAUAUUGCUGCUAUAUUUGGUGUUAUUGGCAAUUUAUUGGUUAUUUUAAUCUAUCUAAAAAAUCAACGUAUACGUACAGUAACCAAUACAUAUAUAUUGAAUGUAGCAAUAUCGGAUCUACUUUAUGUAAUUACUGUACCGGUAUUUCUUAUUUCGAUUUGGUCAAAUUCAUGGCCAUUUGGUGAAUUUGUAUGCAAAUUAUUAUUAUCAAAAGGUGCCAUACAUCGUUUUGCUAGUUCAUUAUUUUUAUUGGUUUUAGUUGUUGAUACUUAUUUAUCAAUAUUAAAACCAACAUUAUCACAUAUUUGUUAUAAACGACCAAUUAAUAGCCGUAUGAUUUGUAUAUUAACAUGGAUUAUUUGUAUUAUUUCUGUUUCGCCUGUAUUUUAUCAUGCAUCAACAUUUUCCGUACCAAAUUCAGAAAUAAAUCAUUGUGAUUUAUUCUGGACAGGUAGUAGUCGUGAAGCAUAUAUUUGGUUUACAAUUAUUUCAGCAUUUAUAAUACCAACAAUAAUUAAAAUUUUAUUGGCCGUACCAUUAAUCUAUACAUUAGCUGGUGAAAAUAAUACCGAUACAGUUGCAAGUGAAGGACAAUAUCAAGUAUUUGCUGAACGUAAUAAACGUUCAGCACAUUUAAUAUUGACUGUUAUUGUAUUUCAUAUACUUUGUUGGCUACCUCUUUGGAUCUCAUUGAUCAGUGUUAAUUUAUUACCAAUGAAUGAAAUGCCCGAUAAUUCUGCAAUAUUAUUUCAUAUGAUUAGUGGUUGUCUUGGUAUGGCUAAUACUGUAUUAAAUCCAUUCAUUUAUUUUAAAUUAUCACCAGAAUUUCGUAAUGGUUUAGCUGAAUUAAAAGAAACAUUUUUAUAUCGUUCAAAAACAUCAUUAUUUUCAAAUGGUAGUAAUAAUGGUGGUGGUGGUAUAAUGGAAAAUUCAACAACACAAUCAAAUGAUAAUAAUGGUAUACAAUCAAGUAAUAAUGGUCAAAUUAAAUCAAAUGAUUCGUUUGUUAAUAAUUUUUUUCCAACAAAUGUAUUUCAACGUUAUGAUGAAGAACGUAAUCAACAACAACAACAAUCAUAAUCAACAAACAUUUGGAUCAAAAGUCAACGCACAUUUUGUAUUUCCAAACAUUUACAAACAAGAAUUUAUAUCUUUUUUCUUUAAACAAUGAUCCACACACACACACA